ACAAAUACCAGAUUUUGCUCCGUACUUGUUUCGUUUUGUUCUGCUGAAAAUUGUGGAAAUUAAAGGCAGAGGUGACGCUAUUUCUACUAAGUGGAGUCUUUCACACAGCCAAUAGGUGGCGCGUAACGGAAGUAGUCGGAUUUAGCUAGCAUUAAUUGCCUUCAUUUUUUUGAUUGAACCGGUAAAACUCGAGUAAGAAUUGAAGUACAGACAGGUAAAUGUACACUAUAGCUUUGAAAAUGUUUUACCUUUCAGAAACGCCUUUUAUUUCAGCUAAAUACUUUUAUGAUAUUUUUAUAUUAUGAGUGUUCCAAAGGAUCUAUCAGUGAGUUUUAUUGUGAAAAUCAACUCCAUACCGGAAGUUGUAUUUAUCACUCGUACUGGUUUGGCAGUGGUAACAGAAGCACAUCAGCUGUACAUGAGAGGGCAAUACUGACCUAAUUUAUUGUACAGGGGACAGCAACAACUGCGACGACGACACAACACCAACGCAUACGACGAAAUCAAAGACCUCCACCGUAGUCUGUGGCUCCAGGAGAAUCUGCAUGUGGGACUCGGUUGCCAUUACAGAGAAAUCUGCUCCAACCUGUCUACUGAAAAGCCAAUACAGUGGUGAUGAGUGCACUAUUGAAUGCUGCAACUGUGAGAGAGGAAGAGGAGGAAGAAACACAGAAAGAGUGAAAACUUGUGCUCCCGGAUGUAAGAGGUUUUUGGUCACUGAGAUCAUUGUUCUGCCGAAAGGUCCCAAGGGAAACAUAGGCAUUGUGAGGUGUAUAAAGGCUGUCAUCAGUCCAGGUGACCGGGUGCACCUGACUGGUACUGGUGCUGCUGCUGCUGCACACAUUUAAAGUCACCACGAGCCUCUGGACAUUUACUACGCAGCAAAAAAGGAACUCUUCUGUUGAGAUUUCAGCAAGGAGGAGAAAUAGACGUGACUAAAUCCCUGACAUUUUUGUCUGGAUUAUUUUUUACCUGGACUUCUUUUUCUAUUUUGGUGGAUGAGCUGGGAGGGGAAAAAAACAAACGCAAGAGGACAAAUGACCAUUUGUGGAUUUGGGACUGACUGAGCCGUUCUUUGUAGAAAGGACAAGGCUGCUUGGGCUCAAGUGUCCAAAUGCAAGAAUGCAGAAGCACAGAGUGGCAGAUGAACAGUGUUUGAGCAAGUGAGCCUGUGAAGGCCUCAGAGGCGGCCAUGUUGGAUCUCCUCCUGACAGCGCUGGUGUUGACCCGUCUUCACCCGUCACCUCAUAGCGCCUCACUGCCAACCUAACUCCUCGCUCCCUCUUGCUUGCUACGUCUAUUUCUUCCACUGUCUGGCAGGGAGAAAGCUCCUCGAUCCUUGUGCAAGAUGUCCUAUGCACACCACAAGCUGCUCACCUGGAGCUUACCUCACCUUGCCCUUAUACCGCUGACCUACCUCUGGCUCCUGGCUCCUCCCACAGGUGUGUCAGCAGAUCUGUGUCGGGUCACAGGUGGGGUGUUGGGGAUCCACUGGAGCAGCAUCAUCAGUCUGGGCUGGCUUCCUCUGGCUGACGGGAGGGGAGGGGCAACAUGUUGGGAGUCCUGCUGCUUGAAGCCGAGCUGUGGUGCCGUUUGGAGCCUUGGCGGACGCUGCGUACUUCUCAGUUGCACCCAUAAGAGAGGGUGUCCCAUCUCCUCUCUGCCCCAACCUCACCAAGAGUCCCUUGGACUCCUUCAGCUGCUCGCCAAGAAUCCCCAUACGCAAAGACGUAGAAGGGCUCGUCAUGCACAACAAGACAGACGGCAAACAGGACAGCUUACCAACACGGGAAACCCAAAGCUGGAAGCUGCUCCCCCAACUUCAGCUGCACACAGUACUCUUGCACUUCCUCAGACAGCCCAGAAGAACCUUAGCCCAUUAAGCAAUGUGAGUGCAGACCCGGUCGAAGCUCCCUCACAGCCAAACUCAACGGUUGACAAAGCCGUUGAUACUGGUGCGUCUUCCAAUAGCAGUGAUGUCAGCACACCCACGACGCCUGCAACUACCCUCACCACUACUCCAACAGUGGCUGUGAAGGAACUGGUGGUGUCCGCAGGAGAGAGUGUGGAGGUCACACUACCCCGCAAUGACAUCGAGCUCAACGCCUUUGUGGUUCCAACCCCCCCACCAGGGACAAACUAUGCAUUUGACUGGCGUCUGAUAACUCAUCCCAAAGAUUACAGCGGGGAGAUGGAAGGGAAGCACAGUAAGACGCUUAAACUAAGCCAGCUGACUGUCGGUCUAUAUGAGUUUGAGGUGACAGUCGAUGGGGAGGGGGCCCAUGGAGAGGGUUACGUCAAUGUCACAGUUAAACCAGAGCCACGGGUAAACAAGCCUCCUGUUGCCGUAGUUUCCCCAAAGUUCCAGGAGAUCUCCUUGCCAACCAGUUCUACGGUGAUAGACGGCAGCCAGAGUACUGAUGAUGAUAAGGUUGUGGCGUGGCACUGGGAAGAGGUCAAAGGUCCACUAAGAGAGGAAAAGGUGUCUGCUGAUACUCCGGUCCUCACGCUCUCCAGCCUGGUGCCUGGAAACUACACAUUCAGUUUGACAGUAACAGAUUCGGAUGGAGCCACAGAUUCGACGCAGGCCACGCUGUCUGUCAACAAAGCCAAGGACUACCGGCCACUGGCCAAUGCCGGCGCUAAUCAGGUCAUCACCUUACCACGCAAUUCCAUCACUCUGUACGGGAACCAGAGCACAGAUGACCACGACCCCUUGGCCUAUGAGUGGUCACUAAGCCGGGAAAGCAAAGACAAGGUGGUGGAGAUGCAGGGUGUGAGGACACCGUUUCUACAGCUGUCGUCCAUGAAGGAAGGGGACUACACCUUCCAGCUGAUGGUGACAGAUACAGCUGGACAGACGGACACUGCCCAGGUCACAGUCAUCGUUCAGCCAGAAAACAAUAAACCACCAGUAGCUGAUCCAGGACCUGAGAAAGAGCUGACCCUGCCAGUCGAUCAUACCACACUGGAUGGUAGUAAGAGCAGCGAUGACCAGAAGAUCGCCACAUACCUCUGGAAGCAAACAAAGGGUCCUAAUGUGGUGAAAAUUGAGAACGCAGACAGUGCUGUUGCCACGGUGACAGGUCUCACAGUUGGCACGUACGAGUUCACACUGACAGUAACUGAUGAGAGGAAGCUGCAGAGUAGUGGCACUGUCACAGUCAUCGUCAGAGAAGAAAAGGAUCAGCCACCCGUAGCUCAUGUUGUGUCAAGUCCACCGAUAUCACUGCCCGUCAGGACUGCCACUCUAGAUGGAUCUCACUCUGCUGAUGAUAAAGGUGGAGUUAGUUACCUGUGGACUAGAGAUGACAGCAGCCCUGCAGCCGGGGAUGUACUGAACAACUCCGACCAUCAGGCAGUACUGUUUUUGGGAAACCUGGUGGAGGGGAAGUACAGCUUCACCUUGACUGUGACCGACAGUAAAGGACAGACCAGCAGUGACAGGGGCACCGUCGAAGUCAAACCAGACAUAUAUGAGCGUGACCUGGUGGAGUUGGUCCUGGAGGUCUCUGUGUCCCAGGUGUCCCACCGUCAUCGGGACAUGUUGCUUCGUCAGGUCGGAGUCUUACUGGGCGUGCUCGACAGCGACAUAAUUGUGCGGGAGAUUAGUGCGUUUAAUGAGCGCAGCACCCGUUUGGUCUUCCUGGUGUCAGGAGGUCCAGGGCGCCCUCCUCUGUCCGGCCACAGCGUUGCACUUGGCUUGCGUAAUAAACUACGCAAGCAGAAGAAUGACUUUCUCAUUUAUAAGGCACGAAGGGUGGACACAGUCAUCUGCCAGCUGAACUGCUCCAGUCACGGCGAAUGCGACUCAUUCACGCGCCGCUGCGUCUGCCACCCGUUCUGGAUGGAGAACUUAAUUAGAGCUCACCUUGGAGACGCAGAGAGCAACUGUGAGUGGAGUGUCCUCUAUGUGACGAUAGCAUCCUUUAUGAUUGUUGUUGCAAUAGCCACAGUUGUGUGGGGGAUUGUGUGCUGCUGUAACAGGCGGAAGAGCAAAGUGCGCAGAAGCAAAAGCCGAUAUAAAAUAUUAGAAGCUGAUGAACAAGACAGUCUGGAGCUACAAAUACCAAGAGCAGGCCGUAUGAAGCCGGUACCCGCUCCCACCUCCUCUGCCCUCAUGCACUCAGACUCCGACCUGGACAGUGACGACGCUCAGGGAGGAGUCCCCUGGAUGGAGCAGGAGCGGGGGCAUCUCUUGCGACCCCAGAACGGCUCCCUGAGGAACGGCCAGGGGCCCACAAGGAGUAAGAAACAAAGAGAAGAGCUGCUAUAGCAAGAGAGGAGAGGGGAGCUCACCGCUGCCCUCACACUCACCUCCUCCUCCUCCUCUUCCUCCAGCUCUCACACCUCUCUGCUCCUCACUGCUCCUCCUCUUCUGAUGUUGAUCUUCAACAGAAAAACCUCACACCUCUCAUCCAUGAAGACAGACUGCAGACGGAGGGAGAGAGGAAAAACAUGCUGGAAACAUGUUGUCCCACUGUCACAGAAUUAUUCACCACUUGUGAGAUUUCCCUGCUCCCACACUGAGCCAAAACGGAGGAAAAAAAGAAACAUUUUGAGGACGAUUAGGGGUGAGAACACAAAUUAACAGUGUAGACCCCCGUUAUUUAAAGCAGAGACAUAAAGAAUGUACGGUUACCCCUCUUAUUGAUGGCACAUAGUGGUUAGAGACUGUGGAAGACGACUAGCCUAAGUGACACUUGAACUUCCUUGGGGGGGGGGGGGGGGGGAAUGGAAAAAAAAAAAAAAAGACACAAAAACCAGCGAGCCCACAUGACACGCUCACACUUUGCCUCACGUAGACACGCAUGUAUGCACACAAACACACUGUUCACUGAUUCCCACUGUUUCAGGUCCACCUGAUGCUACCAAACACUGCCAUUUAAAAACCAAUGGUUAGCUCUGAUUUUUUUUCUUGUUUUUUUUUUUUUUUUAAUCAUUGGAAAGAAAUACACAACCAAAACAGAGAUACCAACAGCUAUGACUCCUUUUCCCCUCCAAAAAAAUGUGCAUGAUGAGUGACAAUUUUCACUUCUGGUACAGUUUAAUACUGGAAUGACAGUCUGCAUGUCUUUGAGUGUAUGUGUGCCUGACACGGUGGAUUUUUCUGGCUCCUGUGCCAAAAACACGACAGUUUGUAUAUUUUUAUCGUCUGUUAAAAACCCACUCAAGAGUCACUCAUGUUAGAUAUUUAUCAGUCAUAGCGGAACGAGUCAUAAAAAAAUAACAAAAUGCUGUUUUUAUUCUCAAGGCUUUUGUAGACAGUCGCUGUAACACACUGGAGUUCAUAUGGUUAAUGAAAUCUCUCUGUGACACACAACAGAGAAUGAGACGAUGAGGAGAAAAACAACACAUGGGAUUAGCAGGAAUGUCUGAGGACUCCUCAUUCACCUCAAUGUUCAUUAAUGCAACAGCUGCUUGAAUCAUUAAGCUUUUAGUUUUUUUUUUCCUUGCAACCUUUAGGCUGUGAUUAUAUGUCAAUGCACUUUGAUUCGUCUCAUUUGUGUCUCAUUUUGAAAGGCAGGAGUUCAUGCAAGCAAAUCUGUGAAAAGCUGAAUUCAAGAGGCAAAAAAAUUCACUGCAGAAGUUCAAUGCUAGAAAUUCUUUUUUUUUUCUUAAACUUAAGAUCUGGUGAGACGUUUCUCUGUGUGAUGGUUAACAUUUAAAGGUUCAGUCAUAAAUACAGGGUGAAGCUAUAUUCAGUUUGUGCUUAAUUUCCUUAUAUAUAGAGAGAGAGAGAUCGAAAAAGAAACUUGAAUGUAGAUGAAGCCCAAAUGCACCUCAGACACGUUUUUCUUUUAACCUCAAUGGUACAUGCUGAAAAUACGUCAAAGCAAGUGAUUUUUUUUUUUUUCUUCCAGUAAUUAUAAUGGGUCCUAUAGCAAAAUUUUGCAGGCCAAAAAUUAGAGAUUAAAGAAGUGAGUCAUGUAUUCAGAAUGACCUCAAACUGUGCUAAAUCCUGAAAAUAAAUAAGAGCCGAAGGUUAAUCUGAGGGAUGUUUGGUCACUGAAUUUAAAUAAGAUGUAAAAUCUUCUAUUCAGUCUGUAUCUGUGGCGACGCAGGUGUUUUAUAGCUGGACUUUGUUAAGGAAAACCUUUAACCAAAUAACUUUUCCCUCUAGCAUUUUGACUGCUUUGCAUGCAGAAUGUGAAACUGACCUGUAAGCCAAUUCCCACAUUUUCAGUCACUUUUUUUCUUCGGUUGUUGAAUGUUAGAAAGGGUAUAUGGUUGGUUUAUUUCAGCCUUUACUCUGUGUGAAUCAAUCAUUUUAACAGUUUUACUUUUAGUCUCAUGUUGUCAGUUCUGCUGCACUAGUUAAGUCUUAAUUACCACAUUUUUUCCGUGUUCAUCCGGCCGUCUUUUGCCAACGUGUACGGGGCAAAACUAAAAUCAAGUGCACCUAAGUGCCAAGUCUGUAAAAAUGGUCAUCUUUUAAAAUAAUGUAAUAUUCUUCCAAUGUUUUUUGCACAUCAUAUAAAAAAGUGUUUUUGGAGAAGUAAACCAGAUUUGAUGUUGAUUCACUCUCAUUUCUAGCAAUCCAGAGGCUGCAUAUUGUUUAUCAGUCAACCUUUUUCUGAAAAAUUCCUAAAGAAAAUGCUUUCAAGGUCAUUUUUAUACUCGUCUUAGUACAGAAAUUCAACUAUUCCUCUGUUACACGUACAAAAAAUGUGAGUCGUGUUGAAUUAACCUCGACUCUUGAUGGGAAUCCACUGUGAAGGCUGACAAAAAAAACAAAACAGAAAGCAAUUGUUCAAUGAAGGGAUAUAGUUUAACUUAAUAUGUUUUAAAUAUGCUUUUAGUGAAGGAUUUGCUUGUUAUUUCAAUGUGACCAGACCUGAUGAAACUGGAAAAUCUGUAAAUUAAAAUAAAAUAUUUCAUUUUGUUCUUGA